AUGGAUUCUAUCGAAUGCGAAAUGGAACUUUCUGUUGCCGAAGUCAAGAAAAGACGUGCUUCUGAAGCCGACCUCCAAUCCACCGUGCCCGAAGUUUUGAAACUCCGCAAACGGUUUAGACAAGACGAAAUGGCGUUGGAAGACCAAGUAAGUUUGGAAGAAUUUAGAAUAGGAGGCAAUGAUAAUGUAAUGUUCCUUGAACCAGAAACAGAGAGAAUGGAUCAGAUAAGUUUGAAAAAUACCGAAAAUUUAGGUACUCAAAGUGUGAAAGUAGGUAGGGAAAAGUUCAAUAUUGAUAGGGUUAGUAAAAGUCUAGGUAACAUGGUUUUUGAUAAUGAGGAAAGUAUUGAUAUAACGCAACAAGCAAGCUUUGAAAUGGUUGUCGAGAGUCCAGAACAAGAAAAUGAACAUCAACCAAGAUGUCCAAAUCCUGCAGAUGGUUUUAAUGAGGAUUCAGAUGAUGAUGACUUUGUAGUCCAUCCACCAAAUUGGAAAGAAGAAGUAAAAAAGGAACCCGUCUGCGGAGACCACUUUCACUACUAUAAAGAAAGGACGAUUCUUGACGAGGUAAAUGCUCUUUAUGCCGACCCUGCAAACGGCCUUUACUAUAAUGGUGUUGUUAAAGAGUUUAAACUUAUAGACUAUAAAAAAUCUAGCAAAAUAUGCUAUUUGAGAGAAUUGGUAGAUCUUGACUAUGAAACUUUAGUAUAUAGGGAGGAGCAAGGCGAAUAUGCCAGAGAAGUUCACUAUUUAGGUAAACCAUUAAAUGUUCUUGGUGAAAUAAUGGCAGUAAAGAUACUACACACGCCCUUCAAUGAGGGGCUUAAAUAUCGUUUCAGGAAGAUAGAGGGAACGCAGGAAAGCAUGUUGAAAAAGCUAGGAUACCCUAUGUGCUCUUCCAUGAUACUAGGCCUAGACUAUAUCAAUCAGGUUUAUGAAAAAAUGAGGAACGUACAAAAGGAAGCUGAAAAUAUGGAAGCCACCGAGCAUCAGAUGGAACAACUAGACUUGACGGGUGUGUGCGAGGAGUCAGAUUGUGAAGAGGAUGACGAAGAGGUAGCAGAAAACAUGGCCGACGAACCAGACAAUUUAGAAAUCAACGAAACAGACAGCUUUGAAAUGGUUGAGAUGGACGAAAUAGCCCAAGCACGAGAUGAGGAAUAUGAUAAUGAAAUGAAUGAAUGGAUAAUGGAAAACCUAGCAGAAUUGGAAGAGCUAGUAGAGAUGGGUCAAAUGGAAGACGUUGAGGAUUGGGGUGAAGUAAACCACCGAAAUGAGGAUGAAACUGUUCGUGCCCUAUUCCGAAGACAUGGCUAUGCAGACACGGACACUGACUUUUCACCAAUCUUCCCAUCUGACGUUCCUUUUGAGAAAUUGAGAAGAACGCCACCACCUAUAAAGGGCUUAUUUGCCAUAAAGCAUUGCCGAUCGUUUGAAAAAUUAGAGCCAGCUGAAGUGGAAAGAAGACGUCGAUUGAAGGAUAUCAUCCCAGCUUUUCUUCAAAAUCUUGAUUUAUAG